UUAUUUUUUUAUUUGAAACGGAAAUCCUGGGGUUUUAUAUAUCGACAGGGACCUGGAAGCCAAAGGACGCAUGCGCCCCAGACGCCUUCUCGCUCGCGCACGCGCGCUGAGAGCAGUCUCUCGCUGGCUGUUUCUUGGAGCAGCCAUGGGGAAGGUGAAUGUGGCCAAGCUGCGCUACCUGUCACGGGACGACUUCAGGGUUCUGACCGCGGUCGAAAUGGGCAUGAAGAACCAUGAAAUAGUUCCUUGCAGUUUGAUCGCCUCCAUAGCCAGCCUUAAACAUGGUGGUUGUAAUAAGAUUUUGAGAGAACUGGCAAAACAUAAGCUCUUAGCUUAUGAACGAACUAAAACUGUCCAAGGCUAUCGGUUAACAAAUGGAGGUUAUGAUUACCUUGCUUUGAAAGCACUUUCUUCAAGACAGGUGGUAGACUCUGUUGGAAACCAGAUGGGUGUUGGCAAAGAAUCAGAUAUUUAUAUUGUUGCAAAUGAAGAAAAGAAGCAGUUUGCACUGAAGCUUCACAGACUAGGAAGGACUUCAUUCCGUAAUUUGAAAAACAAACGUGAUUACCACAAGCACAGACAUAAUAUGUCAUGGCUUUAUUUAUCCCGUUUGUCUGCCAUGAAGGAAUUUGCCUAUAUGAAGGCACUCUAUGAGAGGAAAUUCCCAGUUCCAAAACCAAUCGAUUAUAAUCGACAUGCAGUUGUCAUGGAACUCAUAAAUGGUUACCCUUUGUGCCAGGUACAUCAUAUUGAAGAUCCUGCAGCAGUAUAUAAUGAAGCAAUGGAACUAAUUAUUAAACUUGCUAAUCAUGGACUAAUUCAUGGUGAUUUCAAUGAAUUCAAUCUAAUGCUGGAUAAAGAUGACCACAUAACCAUGAUUGACUUCCCACAAAUGGUCUCAACGUCUCAUCCAAAUGCAGAAUGGUACUUUGACAGAGAUGUUAAAUGCAUCCGAGAUUUCUUCAUAAGACGUUUCAAUUAUGAAAGUGAACUUUAUCCAGCCUUUGGAGAUAUCAGGAAGGAGGACUCUCUUGAUGUAGAAAUUUCUGCCAGUGGAUAUACAAAAGAAAUGCAGGAAGAUGAUGAACUACUUCAUCCACUAGGUCCUGAUGAUGAGAGUCUUGAAACAGAUGAACGAUCUGAAUAUCCUUCAUCACUUGAAGAACUGACAGAGAAGGUAAAGACUUCUGAGUUGGAAAAUGGAAGAAACUUCAUAGAUAAGUCAGAUGAUGAUUGUAAAAUGAACUCUUCUGAAGACCUGGUACAAAGGAAUACACAUGUGCUGUCUGAGGAUGAGGAUAGUGCACAGUGUUUGGAAAUGACUGAAUUCAGUCAUUCAUUAGGAGAAAUUCAGGGAGAGAUUGUUGAAGGAAAGAAGAGAAGUUGCAUGAAGCAUUCUGCGACUGAUUUUCGAGAAGAGGAAAACAGCACUGAAAAUAUCACCGAGGGAGAAGAUCAACUGCUUCAAGGAGAAGUUCCUCCUGAUUGUCAGGAAUAUGAAGAUGAAUGCCCUGAUCUGGUUAACUUGUCAGCAUUAAACAAAGAACUCAGGCCUUUCAGGGAUGAAAACAUGGAACAAAUUAAUCACCAUAGAACAAGAACUGAGAGUGUUACUUCUGUAGGCAGUAUUGUAAGCUGUUCCACGAUUCCUCCGGAACUGGUGAAACAGAAGGUGAAACGUCAGUUGACCAAACAACAAAAAGCUAUAGUGAGACGACGGUUACAGAAGGGAGAGGCAAAUAUUUAUACCAAGCAAAGGAGAGAAAACGCCUACAACAUUAAGUCAAGCUUAGAAGCAGCUAGUUUUUGGGGAUAAUUAUUGAAACUUUUUUCUAAAAGUGUAGUUUUUAAAAUAUUGGAGGGAAAGUGUUAUCUUGAAGAUCCUAUUUUUCUGUAAUUUUUGGUUAUGUAAAUGUGUGUAUAUGUAUAGCUGGCCACUCUGCCUUUUCUAAUAGGAAACUCUAUUUUGAAGUAAUUAAUUUUUUCAAGAGAACACUUACCAAAAAUUUUUGCCAGUUUAAUGAAUGGUAACUUUCUGAAAGUCAUUUGGAGCAAUAUUACAUAUACUGAAUUGUCAUAUUUGAGCCUUUGGUAACUAGAGCAUUUCAAUGCCGUGGAAGUUUGACAAAGAAAAUAUAUUCUAAAUACCCAGCUGAAAUAUGCCCUUAGAGUAAUAGAGUCACCGACUCCUCAGAGUUAAAUUCAUCUCGUCUGAGCUGGACCUUUACAACAUCCCCAGCAAGUCAUUCAUACUUGAAGCCUACAAAUAAGUUUUGACAUAACCACAAGAACUUCUCAAGUUACUCUGUUUCUUUGAAGUUAUUUGCAAUUAUAAACUUCUAUACAAGUGUGACCUAAGAAUAAGAGACAAUAAAAGUAUUAUGUGUCUUAUGUGUGUGGGACAAGAACCAUGUCUGUGUAACUCACAUGACUACUACCUACUAUUGACUAGAUCAUCAACACCUAGUUAUUGAGUGCAUCUGUACAAGGGGCAGCAUUGGGCAUGUGGUAGCCUAACUGUAAGUGGAAAUAUCAAUCAAUAAACACCUACUCCAUGCCUGGAACUAUGCUAGGCACUGAGGAUUACUGAGGGGAGAAAUCAUUGUGGAAUAGGGCUCACCUUUCUCAUCACUUGCACCAACAGCUGACCAGCUGCCACCAACAUAUGGACAGCACAAGAGUCCUGGGAGUGGCAGCAUACCCACCCCCUACACCAACAGUCUUCCUGGAAUUCUAGCCAUUCCCACCAACAGCCACUCACAGGACAGGCAAGCCAGCCUGCUUGAGGCAACAGAGUACGUUAGGAAAGAAACAACCCAGCAUGUGCAGACAAGUCAAACCACCACGACCACCUUAACCAUCAGCUCCACCUAGACCCCGUAGACACAGCCUAAGAACCUGAAGAUUGAGAAAAGAAAGUUAUUGUCUCCAGAGUCCUCCGCACUGGCAAAUGGUUCAACAUCAAAAACUGGUAUUUUUAUCAGUGGAAGUGACAUUUAAAAAGAGACAUUACCAUCUGUUUUGUUGGGACCUUUCAAUCAGACUUGCCACUGAAAACCCUCCCGUAUGUGUUAAAUGUGUCCACCAUUAGAAUGUGACCCCUUGAGAGCAGGAACUGUCUUUUCUCUUUGUAUCCCUGGAGCUUAACCACAGCUUUGCACAUAUAAGUACUUCAUUCAUUUAUACAAAGUCCAAGAAAAGAAAUAAUCCCUGUAAGCAGAUGGAUAGAUGCUAAAUUAAAUACAUUUGAUUUUGAUGACCUAUGUUGCCUUGUAGACAAGGUAGUGGUAGGAGCUGCCAACAAAAAAAUCAAAAAAUAAAAACCACCAAAUGAUAGUAUCACUUAGUUUUUUAAAUUGCUGACAUGAUAAUUUCAUGGCAAAAUUGUUUAAUAGAACCAAAAGAACUUAGUUGUAAUCCAGAUGAAAGUAAUUGUUUUUUAAACUAUAUAAUCCAAAAGAGAAAAUAAAUGUGAUUUCAUGCUCAA